UUUUUAAGUGGAAACUUUAGGGUUUUAGUUAUAGAUAUUUAUUUAACAGGGGGAACAAAAAACAACCUUUUUUCAUAAAAAAAUGAAAUUUCGAAAGUAUAACUUUAACGGACGAAACAGACAACAGUGAUACGGCCCGCUGAUUUCUCGACAAAAUGCUUGGAACGAAACUGUAGCAAAUAACACAGGAAGACAUAGUUUGUCAACUGCGAUUGUCACCAAAUUUCAGUUAUGCUGCUUGCUGUUCUCCUAAGAUCAUCAGUGUCGAUAAGGAAACGGGCUCCUACACUGACUAAUUAAUAUACUACUUGGGUUUUACAAUAUUUGUUCAACUGAUCUCCCAACCAAACACAAUGAGUAGCAGCACACUGAUCGAGGUAUUUGGUCAUAUCCUGUUCAGUUUUACACGAGCAGUGACAGAGCACUACAACCCACAGGAACCUGAAUACAUGGCAGAGUCGUUUGGCUACAGUCCUCUGGAAAGCACUGGCCAAGAAUGGUAUCGUCACGGAGAUCCUGAUGAGGAGUGUAUUUAUCAAGAAUACAGCGACAGAGAAGCCACAACUUUAGACUUCAUAAGCUCCAGCAGAAUUAAUGCAAGCCUCACAGACGCAAGUUUGCCAGAGGAGAAUGAAGAAACACAGGAAGAUCAGCAAAAUGAAGAUACAGCAAUGGCCUGGAAGCGACUCAGACCAUCCGCUUUCCGAACGGUUGGUAAAUCAAUGUACAUUGGAGCUUUGAUUUCUUUACUAACUGCUACAAUCAUUGGUUCAGUAUACAUGUUGAUCUCAUAUUUAUGUUUUAAAACUGUAAACAACUGUGAAUUUCACCUAAAGAGGUCCAUCCCAGUACACGUCCAAUGGAUGAGAUCAAUUUCUGACGCAGUCGCUUGUGUUUUUCUAUACGCUUCGUUCUUUGUAGUCACCUUAUUUCUUUUUCGCCCAUAUCAGUUAAUGAAGGUGAAAGGAAAACUGAUCCUAGUUGCUUGCCUUGCAUAUUUCUUGGACACAAGUUAUCGAGUGGUUCUACAAGCCUUGGGAAUAUCUCAUUCCAAGCUUUCUACUUUGCAAAAAAUUCCACUUUAUGUUUUGUUUUUUAUGGGUGUGUGUUGGCAAGCCUAUCUUCUAACGAAUCACUUCCGUCAUCUGCGACAGACAAGAAGAGAGCAGAUGGCUUUAUUCUUACAAAUGACGGCUCCCUGCGGAUCUAUUGUAAUUCUUGCCAUUGCUGUGAAAUGUAUUAUUUACCCACUUUAUAACAAGAAAAGUACGGAAAGUAAACUGCGCCUGGUAAUCGCACUCUUCGCUCCUCUCGUUGGAGUCCUAUUUAAAGUGAUCUCGCGAAUUUUUGUUCAGCGGCUAAGCAGCAUUACCCAUUCGGGAUAUGCGUGUGCCUCAAUAGCGCCACUGUAUUGUUGUUCAGCGAUUAUGUUCCGAGUGUUGCAAGCCGAUCUUGACAAUUUACAAUCCAUGGCUGUUCUUGGAUUGAUUCACGGCGCCACAGAAGUCAUCGAACGAAGCACGAUGGUUCUGAUUGAUCACAUUUGUAAUAUGAUCUGCAAAAGAACAUCAGCUCCUUGGGGAAGUUUUCGUACUCCUCGCCGUGAGAGGCUAAUGGCUGAUAUUGCUAUCAUGAGCAUGUUGUUUGAAUCAACUGCUAUAGUGUCUGUUAACGGCGUUUUGUACUUGUAUCAAUAUAUAUACUUAAAAGACUAUUCCCUUUUAGAACUGCUACAGUCUUUUGCUAUCACAACUUCAGUUCAACUGGUGAUCGAGUGGUUUUUCACCAGCGUCUCUCUAGCGAUUGAGACUCGCUAUCAGAAUAUAGCUGUAAUGGCUGUUUGGCAAAGAAGAUGGAAAAGACACAUUUCAGUUGCAGUUGUAGUUACUAUUUCGGCAGCCCUCUGGGUUAGCGGAAGCCUUUUAGACUUGGCACAUGAGCGUUUUGAAGAGCCUUCACAUCAGCCUUGUAAAAUACCGUUUGCUUAAAAGUAGAGACUUUGAUCUGCAAUCUGCUUGAACCAAACAGUGCCACACUGUCGACCCACUAAGAUCCAUGAUUCUGUUUGUGCACUUCCCAUACAUGGAUUGUGAGUUUUUGUGUCAUUUAUAGUGAAGUAACAACGAAUCCGACACCAAACGGCUAUU